CAACACGAGGUUUGCUUCUCGGUAUGACAUCCGGUACGGUAGCUGGGUUGUCCCAAAAGUUACCAACCCGACAAGCAGAGGAAUACACAUUAGCGUAAUUGUGUGCUCUCUAUUCAUAACUAUACUCUUUAAUGACUUUGCCGAUGACUUGGGACCACAUAGCCGCAUAGAGGAGCCGCAAUCAGGCAGUAUUUAGGUGACAUAAUGGGUGGGAAGAAGAAGAAAUCAGCGGCGCAAGUGGCAGCUCCGGUGGCCCCGGCGGUAGCAGCAGCAGCGGCGGGCAGGCUUGGUGCUGCUACUGCGGGGAACGGCGUGGCAGACAAGACUGCUAAACCAGCCAAAGAGAACAAAUCAAAAGCUCCAAAGACCUACAGUCUUGCCAACACUGCCCAGGUUGACACAGGUGGAGUCGCAGACAAGUCAAUUCUUAAAGUUUCUAUCCAAGCUGACCUGGAGAAGAAGAUCAUCAAGCUGAUUAAUGACUUCAGAGAUGAAAAUGGGGACAAAGGGCCCAUAUCAGGCAGACUUACAAACAAGAAGUUGCUGGAUCUGUACACAGCUCUGCAGAAGUUCAACUUCAAGAGAGAACACAUCGAGGAGGCGAUGAAGAGCAGUGUGCUGUACGGAGGAGAUCUCCACUCUGCUCUCGACUGGCUCUGCCUCAAUCUUAAAGACGAUGAGCUGCCAGAUGGGUUUACCCAGCAGAUGCAGGAGGAGAGUCAGAAGAGUAGACCCAAGUUUCAGCCUUCUGCUCAGGAGAAACCUGCAGCCCAGAGCCCCAAAGCACACAGCAACACCCGCAAAGAGACCACCAAGACUGCAGAGAAGGAUGAAGCUGCAAGCAUGAAGGAUUGGAUCUUACGGUAUGCAGAGCAGAGCAGCGAUGAAGAGGAGGAGGAGCAGGAGGAGGAAAAGGGGAAGAAGAAGCACAAUCCUGAACUGGAUGAAAAGUUUGAUCCAAACGACAGGUAUUUAAUCCUUACUGCUCAACUGUAUGACACAAAAGAAAUGGCAGCUGCCGCCAAGACGAAAGGAGACAAGGCGGGCCAGAGGAUGGCGCAGGACAGGAUACGCAUCAUACAGCAGGAAAUGAAGCCGCUGGAGUCCCACCCCAUGUUUAAUCCUGCUCUGAAGGUGGUAGACGCUCCUCAGAAGGAAAAGAAGAUACUUCCUGUCAGCGAGGAGAAGGAGGUUCCCAGUUUCAACUUAUUUGAACAAGCUGAAAAGGCAGCAGCGAAAGCUCCAGCUCCAGCUGUGAAAAAGAAUGAGCCAAAGGACAUUCGCGAUUUUGACUACACGGCUCGCAGCUGGACAGGAAAGUCCCCCAAACAGUUCCUGAUUGACUGGGUCCGAAAGAAUCUGCCCAAGAGUCCAGCUCCGUCUUUUCACAAGGUUGCUGCUGGUAGACACUGGAGAUGCAAGGUGCGUGUUCAAAGGCUAGAAGAUGUUCUUGAAGUUUGCCCAAAGAUCGUGACAGAGGACAGCAUGCAGGCUCAACAUCUGGCAGCCACUCUGGCGCUCUACAACCUUGUUAAAGGACAGUCAGUGCAUCAGCUCCUUCCUCCGACCUACAGAGAUGUGUGGCUGGAGUGGAGAGACAACGAGCAGCAGCAACAGGAAGAGAGCCGCACUGCUGCCAACAAACCUCGAGACCAGUUCAUCUCCCGGCUUCUGACCAGGCUCAAACAGCAGCAGAACCAGAACCAAAAGCAGGAGUCUGGAUCCCAAGGCCUGCAGGGGCUGGUAAGUGCUGGAGAUGAAGAGCCCGAGGAGUCCUGGGAGAACCUGGCUGGUGUUGAUAUUGGGGAUGGAGGAGAAGAACUGGAGGACAAGAGUGAGAAAAGAGGGAAGAAGGAAGGAGCACUCGAGGCAUCCAGAGAGCUCUUAAUGAAGUCAAGGAAGUCCUCACUUGCCCAAAAACUGAAGGCAGAGCGAGAGCAGCUUCCUGUCUUCCAACACCGCCAUCGUGUCCUGGAGUCUCUGCAGCGCCACCCCGUGGUGGUGGUGGCUGGGGAGACGGGCAGCGGGAAGAGUACCCAGAUUCCUCAGUUUCUCUUGGAGGAGCUGUUAACGGGAGGUAAAGAGGCGAAGCCGUGCAACAUUGUGGUGACGCAGCCCCGCAGGAUCUCUGCCAUGAGCCUGGCCUGCAGAGUCAGCCAGGAGAUGGGCUGCGAGGAUGGACCUGGAUCCAAGUCAUCGCUGUGUGGAUACCAGAUCCGGAUGGAGAAUCAGUCCGGGGAGUGGACCCGCCUGCUAUACUGCACUACUGGAGUUCUGCUUAGGAAACUGCAGCAUGACAAACACCUCAGCUCCCUGACACACAUCAUCGUAGAUGAGGUCCAUGAGCGCAGUGUCCAGUCCGACUUCCUGUUAACCAUCCUGAAAGAUGUUGUCAUGAGGAGAUCAGACCUGCAGCUCAUCCUCAUGAGUGCCACCGUGGACUGUGACAAGUUCUCCAACUAUUUCAACCGCUGCCCUGUGAUCAACAUCCCCGGAAGGACUUUUCCAGUGGAGGUGUCCCACUUAGAAGACAUAGUGGAGGAGACGGGAUACAUCCUGGAAAAGGACUCGGAGUACAGCCAGAAAAUUCUUGAAGAUGAGGAGGAAGUCAGCAUUUCUGUCACACAGAAAGGCGGCAAGACAAUGCAGCACCAGGAGAUGAUCUUAAGGGACUCGUCUUCCGGCUGGGACCUGGGUCCAGAUCUGGACCACUUCAGCAGCAGGACUCGGCAGGUGCUGCAGUACAUGAACCCCAAUAAGAUCAACAUGGACUUACUGCUCGACCUCAUUGACUACUUGGACAAAUCCCCACAGUUUGCAGAGAUAGAUGGAGCCGUUCUCGUGUUCCUCCCGGGUCUGGCUCACAUCCAGCAGCUCUACGACCUGCUUUCCUCAGACAAGAGGUUCAGGGGCAAAAACAGGUACAGGAUUGUACCUCUGCAUUCAACUCUCACUUCAAAGGACCAGGCUGCUGCCUUCACAGUGCCCCCUGCUGGAGUCAGAAAGAUUGUCUUGUCAACCAACAUCGCAGAGACAGGUGUGACAAUUCCUGACGUCGUGUUUGUCAUCGACACUGGAAAGACUAAAGAAAAUAAGUACCAUGAGAGCAGUCAGAUGAGUUCUCUGGUAGAAACGUUUGUGUCCAAGGCCAGCGCCCUCCAGAGGCAGGGGAGAGCAGGACGUGUCCGCAGUGGUUUCUGCUUCAGACUCUACCCAAAAUUCAGGUAUGACGCCUUCAUGGAUUACUCCAUUCCAGAGAUACUACGGGUCCCACUGGAGGAGCUCUGCCUCCAUAUUAUGAAAUGUCAGUACGGCUCCCCAGAAGACUUCCUGAGCCGGGCCCUGGAUGCUCCUCAGCCUCAGUCGGUCAGUAAUGCCGUCAGCCUGCUGAGGAAGAUCGGUGCGUGUCACCCCGACAAUCAUCUCCUCACCCCUCUGGGACACCACCUGGCUGGUCUGCCCGUCAACGUGAAGAUUGGCAAGAUGCUCAUCUAUGGAGCGAUCCUCGGCUGCCUGGAGCCCAUAGCGACCAUCGCGGCUGCUAUCUCAGAGAAGUCUCCUUUCUCCACACCGAUGAACAGGAAGGAGGAGGCCAACCUCGCCAAAGCCGCCCUGGCGACAGCCAACUCUGAUCACCUGACCAUAUACAAUGCAUUUCUGGGGUGGAAGAACUCACAGACAGACGGACAAAGAGCAGAAAUGUCCUUCUGUAGGACACACUUCCUCAAUCGUACAGCUCUCAUCACAAUAGAGGGUGUGAAGCACGAGCUGAUGAGGAUGAUGGAGCAGGCGGGUUUCUGGUCAUCUCGCUCGUCCUCCUCUUCUCGCUCCAAGCUGCAGUCGACGUCGAUGUCCAAGCAGCAGAUCUCCAUCCUGAACGCCGUGCUAACAGCUGGGCUCUACGACAGUGUGGCUCGGGUCUUGUGCACGCCUUCUGUGGACGUGCUGGAGCGAGUGGUCUGCACGGUGGAGACGCCCCAGGGAAAAGCUCAGGUCCACCCGUCAUCUGUUAACCGCAACCUGCAGACACACGGCUGGCUGCUGUACCAGGAGAAGGUGAAAUACACUAAGAUCUACCUGCGAGACACCACUCUGAUACCUCCUUUCCCCAUGCUGCUGUUUGGAGGAGAGAUUGAUAUCCAGCACAGAGAGAGACUCAUCACACUAGACGGAUGGAUCCACUUCCAGGCUCCUGUUCGGAUUGGUGUGAUCUUCAAACACCUGAGGAAGCUGAUGGACUCUUUGCUUGAAAAGAAGCUGGAGAACCCGAGGAUGGAUCUCGAAGGUGAGAGGACCAUUCAGCUGAUUCUGGAUCUGAUCAAAUCAGAGUGAUAUUGGACCACCAAGAGAUCUGAACCUGCAUCAGACCUCUGUGUCCAGUUGACCUGGGGACAAAGUGCUUCCUAUUAGCUUUGGUUGGUAUUCAGGUGAAACGCCUGCAGACGGAAUGUGGGAAUCCUGAAGAUGAACUGAUGGGUACGGAGAACUCUGACUCACAUUGAGGAGGACUGUGUCAUAAGAAAUGCAAAAAAAUACAUGCUGAAAUUAGAGAGAAAAUAAAUAGAAAAUCAUGUUGCCAAAUGUGGUGGAAAUAAAGCUGUACACAUUUUUAUUUGAACCUUUCAUUGUGUCAUGUUUGUUGACCGUCAAUAUAUUGAAUAUUAUAUAAAAAAUAAAAAGCAGGUGUGAAUGCAGACAGAAGAGACUAAUAGUAAGUUAAAGUGCAAUUAGAAAUAAGGAACUAUGAAU